AUGCUUUCAUCAACAGUGAAAGCAAAAACCAAUCGUUGUACGAUUCUCCGGUCCGAAGCCAUGCUGCGGAAAACGCAGCGGUUGCGGGCAGCCCUGCCUGGGCUGGUCCGGCAGUGGCAUCGGUUGACUCGCAAUGGCCGUGGAUUCAGCACAGGCGAAGUGCAAUCGAGAUCCGGAUCAUCCUUAGCUGGUGUAGUCGGUGGCUUUGCUGUGGGUGCAAUCACAGCAGGUGCCACAGCAUACUAUUUCUUGCAGGCUCCAAGCACUCCGCCCGAGAAAGGGGCCACGAAGGUGAAGCAGGAGAUUGCAACGCCGGUGGCCAAAGAGAAGCCACAGGUGGGGCUACUUCGGCCAUCGGAUGCCUUGGGUUUUGAUUUGGAGGUCCAAUUUCUUGAUGAACUCUCAGCGGAGAAAAGCAGUGAAGCAAAGGCCGAGAAAGUUGUUGAGGUCGAAGAGACCAUCGAGAUGGAGAAGACUGAGAAGACCAUUGUAGAGUCGACUAAGGAAGUUGUGCCUGAGCCAACCCCAGAGGAGAUUGAGGAGGCCAACAAGAAGAAGGAGAUGUUGAAGAUCUUGCAGGUCCAAAGCGCAGAGGUGUCUUCAUUGGCCUCCAAUGCCUUGCAACAGGUGGAAACGGCUCAUCAGAGCAGCUCCCAGAGGAGAGAAGCAGCCUUGGCGCGACUGAAACAUGUUUUAGAAGUGGGCGACAUGAGCCUCAUUGCAGAGGCCUUGGCGGAGGCAAAGGCCGCAGCUGUUCCAAGUGGUGCAGCGGGUUUCCCAGGGGAUGGAAGGGAUGGCACCACAGCCAUCAUGGGGCCAUGGGGCACGAACUUUCACAGCGGAAUGGCGCACCAAGGCCGAGAUGAUGUUGGCAGAAGGAAUUUCGUGUCGAACCACAACAAGCACGGGCCGCCGAACUUGAACGAUGUCAAGGGAAGAGCCGGAAGGACGGAGUCUGUGCAGGAGCUGGAGCAGCGCCUGGUGGAGCUGACGCGCAUGUUGGCGUCUGCCAGGUUGCAUUCCAAGGCGCGUUUGGAGCAGGCGUUGCAGACAAAGAUGACGCAACACGAGUUGCAAGCCUUGAAAGCGCUCUAUACAUCUUUGAAGGAAGCCGAGAAGGACUUUGACCAGGCAGCCGAGGUUGAGUUCCAAGAGUUAAAGCAGGAACUGAGAAAGCAGCAGGAGGGCAUCCUGCCAUACCUUGACACAUUUGACACAGCCACAGUCACCAGACAGCACGGCUCCUGUGUGGUGCCGGUCGAUGUCUCGGAAACGAUGUCCAACUCCCCUCAAAAGGGGAGAGCCUUUCGGAAGCAGGGCACGGACUUGAGCUCCGCCAGCAGCGCCAUCAGCACCUUGAGUUUCUCUGCCAAUAGCUUCAAUGCCGCGUCUUUUGGGGCAUCUAUUGGCUUGCAACGGCGGUCGACCAUUGAGGGGCACACUCCGAUGGAAGAUUUGCAGAAUAGCAAUCGAAUCGAACAAAAGGAGGCGACAAGAUGCCGUGAGAUGUUAAGAAAUAUUGAAAAGGGUACCAACACUGAGCCGAUCAACCAGGAGUUCCGCAAGUGCUUUCUCUUCAAGAAUCGCUUGGUCACACAAUGUCAAGUCCUUCACUUUGCCGUGAUGGAGGCCGCCAGGCUUCAAAAUGGACGUUGCGUGAGACAAGUGCUGGAAGCAAAAGCAGACGUCUUUAGCAAAGCUUUGUAUAUGACUGUCAAGAAUGAUGCAGCAUACGAGACGGAACUCAAUGCCAUGCACAUCGCUGCAGGAUUGGGUUCUUGCGAAGCAAUGGAGGCAUUGAGCCAUGGUACUGCUGAAAGCGAUCUGCCACGGCUCGUCUCAAGCCAUGCCACCGUGAAUAUCAAAGGCAGCCCGGAUCGCUUCAACUUCUACUGCCCAAUCCAUGACGCUGCCUACUUGGGGCAGAAAGAUGCAGUGCUAUGGCUGCUUCGACACAAAGCUCAAGCUGAUGCGCAGAACAAGGAUGGAUGCACACCCUUGCACUUCAUCGCACUCAUCGGAGGCCGUGGGAGUUUGAUGGAUUCCGAUGUUCAAGAAGUGGUCACGGAAUUGCUGGAGCACAAAGCCAAUUUGGACGCGCGGUCCUUCUCGGCUAAGUCACCGUAUCCAUGUGAUCCGUUCCUUCAGCAGAAGAUUCCUUUGGAGAUUGCCGCAGAGACUCAGUAUCCCAAGGAUUUGAUGUAUCUGAUGGCAGCUUCUUACCAGUCAACGAGACUGGACGUUCCGCGAGCCUUUGCGGAUAUACGACUGCUGUCAAACUGCAACAUGAAGGUUGCAGAAGUUUUUGCGCAUGAUUUGGUUGCGCGGGCGAAGAAUGAUCAGCAUAUGCGGGACAUGAUCAUUAAGGAAGCACAAAUGAGCGGAGCAGUGGAUCGCAUUGCAGCCCUGCUCUAUAUGGUGCCAAGCGCUGGAGCUGCCCUCCUGGACAUGCUGACAGUGCCACCCAUAGUACAAGAUGCUGCAAAGCAUCCCUUGCCCUCACGUGCAGCAUUACACACUGGGCCUGUCCGCUGCACCUACCAGCCCGACGUGGUAAAGCGGCGGCAAUUGACGUGGCCGCAGUGGGAGUAUGAUGCCGAUAAUCAGGUGUACAAGGAGUGGCACUCAGCCUUCGUCCCACCCCGGGUUGGUGGUGUGCGGCAAGACAACGUCUAUGAUGUAGAUGUGAAGGUGGUUUUGCUUCCAAACUUGUUGGAUGUCGACAUCUUUAUGGCGCUGACUCGUACCUGGGAGACCGACAACCACGUCUUUGCCAAGCUGCCCAUCCAGGGCGCCAUCUACUGCCUGUGGGACAAGUUGGUUUGGCCUAUCUUCGCUUCAUCAUGGCUUUUCAUGGGUGUAGAACUUGCCGUUUUGUUACGAUGGGGAUUGCAGACCAGCGAGGCCGAGAAAGCCAGCAACUCUCUGCAAAAUCUUCAUUUGUAUUGGUCGAUCCUUCUUGCAGGUGCAGAAAUCUUUGUGGCAUCCGCAUCCUGGCCAAAAAAACGCGAGAUGGAAGUGUUUGAUGCGUCUUGUCGCCUUCUGCUGGUGAUGCCUUGCGUUUGUGACUCCUUCUUCUCAAACCCUGAUCCAGUGAUGUCAGAGUGGGAGCAGGGACUUCUGGCCAUCAACACCUUCGCUCAGGGGUUUGCAGUGACCUACAUGUUGCGGCUGCUACAUCGCUUCAAAAGGAUCUUGGCUAUUUUUAAAACCUUCUUCAGCCGCACCAUUCUGGAGAUGCUCCUGAUCGCAGUCAUGAUAUUUGCCUCUUUCUCCUUCGCCUUCCUGACCUUGAUCCGAAGGGAACAUGCUGCUUGGACUGUGACCUAUCUCUAUCGAGGCCUCAUGUUUGGGGACGGCGAUGGCCUUGACCGUAUGGGUCUCAUGCUGGGAGGAAGUGAUGAGGACAACAAAGCGGCGCUAGUCCUAUUUAUGGUGUGCGGCACAAUACUGUUCAACGUCACCAUCCUAAAUUUGGUCAUUGCCAUCUAUGGCAACGAGUACGAGCAGGUCAAUGCUGAGACGGAGCUACAUUUUAUGAAAGAGCGAGCCAAAUAUUGUUUGAUCUACGUCGAAAUGUUGCACAAACAGCGCCUUUUGCACAUUGUUCAAGAAAUUGCAGAAGUGAGCAGUAUGGAGCAAGUGCCCAUGUUUACCAAACUGGUGCUGCUCCUUACGCAAUCUCUUCUCCAAAUCUUAGAGCUGCAGAAGAAACUGAUUAGUUUAUUGCAACCUCUGCGUCGGUAUCAGAUCAUCACAGCUGUCCUGUUGGUGGCGAUUGCAGCGCUACCCUGGAUUUGCAGCUUGCUGUACCGAGUGCUGAACGCGUUGCCUAUCACCAGUGCAUUCCUGCUCUCCACGGCGCAGAUUGCGUGGCAGGCCAUGUUGAUCCAAGCCGAUUGGUUUCAACCCGAUGCGCCCGAGUUGGCGCCCGGCAUUGCUGUGGCGCAGACCAACGGUGACUUGGAGGGUAUCGUCGAAGGACCUGCUGAAGGUGGCAAAUGGACGGUGAAAAGUCGAGAUGGGUCCUUCGAGGCGAGUGAAAGCCAGCUUCAAAUCAAAAAUGCGAGCUUUUUGUGGAUUUGCCAUCGAUCGGACUACGACGAGGCAUUUUUUCAGAGGACUGAAGAGGUCUCCCGCCGCGAUCUGGAGCACGUUUCCCAUCAGUUGGAUGAAACCAAGCAGAAACUCGAAGACCUGGAGAGAAACUUGAGCGUCAAGCUGGACGUGCUCAUGAGGCUCAUGGGUGACGGCUCCCAAAACUCGGACCCAUGA